AUGUCAUCAACAAAUAAAAGAAUAGCUUUACCAGCAAGAGUAGAGCCAAAAGUGUUUUUCGCAAAUGAAAGAACUUUCUUGUCGUGGUUGAAUUUUACAGUCAUUUUGGGUUCAUUAGGUGUUGGUUUAUUGAACUUUGGUGAUUACGUUGGUAGAAUCUCAGCUGGAUUGUUUACAUUCAUUGCAAUGCUUACCAUGCUUUAUGCUUUGGUUACUUACCAUUGGAGAGCCAAGGCCAUUAGAUUGAGAGGUUCUGGUCCAUACGAUGACAGGUUUGGUCCUACAAUGUUGUGCGUCUUUUUACUAGCUGCUGUGAUUAUUAACUUUAUUUUGAGAAUAAGGACCUAA